AUGGCGGAGGCUGGGCCACAGGCGCCGCCGCCCCCAGGCACCCCAAGCCGGCACGAGAAAAGCUUGGGACUUCUCACUACCAAGUUCGUGUCGCUUCUGCAGGAAGCCAAGGACGGCGUGCUUGACCUCAAGCUGGCAGCUGACACCCUAGCUGUGCGCCAGAAGCGGCGGAUAUAUGACAUUACUAACGUGCUGGAAGGUAUCGGGCUGAUCGAGAAAAAAUCCAAGAAUAGCAUCCAGUGGAAGGGUGUGGGGCCUGGCUGCAACACCCGGGAGAUUGCAGACAAGCUAAUUGAGCUCAAGGCAGAGAUCGAGGAGCUGCAGCAGCGGGAGCAAGAACUAGACCAGCACAAGGUGUGGGUGCAGCAGAGCAUCCGGAACGUCACAGAGGACUCAUCUGUCACCAUAGGCAGGGCAUCAGCCGUUCUCCUUAACCCCCACACCUUGGCCUACGUGACUCAUGAGGACAUCUGCAGAUGCUUUGCUGGAGAUACCCUCCUUGCCAUCCGGGCCCCGUCGGGCACCAGCCUGGAGGUGCCCAUCCCAGAGGGCCUCAAUGGGCAGAAGAAGUACCAGAUUCACCUGAAGAGCGUAAGCGGCCCCAUUGAGGUGCUUCUGGUGAACAAGGAGGCAUGGAGCUCACCGCCCGUGGCGGUGCCUGUGCCACCACCCGAAGACCUGCUCCAGAGCCCGCCUGCUGUCUCUACCCCUCCGCUUCUGCCCAAGCCUGCCCUGGCCCAGCCCCAGGAUGCCUCACGCCCGAGUAGUCCCCAGGCGACCACCCCCAACCCUGUCCCCAGUAGCACCGAGGCCCAGGGGGUGGCUGGUCCAGCAGCUGAGAUCCCAGUGAGUGGAGGCCAUGGAACCGAGAGCAAGGACAGUGGUGAACUCAGCUCCCUCCCGCUGGGCCUGGCAGCUCUGGACACCCGGCCACUGCAGUCCUCUGCCCUGUUGGAUAGCAGCAGCAGCAGCAGCAACAGCAGUUCAUCUGGACCCAACCCUUCUACCUCCUUUGAGCCCAUCAAGGCAGACCCCACAGGUGUUUUGGAGCUCCCCAAAGAGCUGUCAGAAAUCUUUGAUCCCACUCGAGAAUGCAUGAGUUCAGAGCUCUUGGAGGAGCUGAUGUCCUCAGAAGUGUUUGCACCCCUCCUCCGCCUUUCUCCGCCCCCUGGAGACCAUGAUUACAUCUACAACCUGGACGAAAGUGAAGGUGUCUGUGACCUCUUUGAUGUGCCUGUUCUCAACCUCUGA